CAUAUCUACACAAUGCAUACCUCGGCUCUCCCAUUUCUCCGUCACUAAUUCGCCCAAUGCGGUCAUCCUGUAACUCUCGCAACUCCGGAAACUUCUAAUAUCAAACACUAUCACAGCGAUCGACACAGCGCUUCCUCUCCCUAAGAUUGCACCCACUACACUAACAUCUCACCCACCCAGCAUUCAUCGACGGUUGUGGAUGAACCCCCGUUGUCGAGCACAAAGCCCUGAAACACUGGCGCGCGACGCACCUUCCAUGCCUCUGGUGUAUCUGGCUGGCGGAUGACGCUACCCCCCGACUAGCUCCAACCACUUUACACCUUUACACCCACUCUGCAGAUCGAUCAUCACUUUUUCGCUUGGCGUGGAGCACUCCCCAACGCAUCAGACCAUCGCGAACUUCAGCAUCAGCCACCACACAAGGAACCCCCGUUCCUCUUUCUUUUCUACUUCACGAAAAACCCAAUCUCGACAAAAACCACCUUCGACAAUCACUUGUGAUAUAAUUGGGGAAUACAGAGAGACUGGAGUGAAGGAGAAUUGGCUGCCGACGACACAAAGGACCGGUCUAGCGUUUGUGAGCUGCUGUGCGGCUGGUGACGCGGACGGACCCAGGGGGACAGGACAGAAAGAAGAAAAAUGUUGACUUUUCGAAGAGCAGUCGCAGCAGCGGCGCUCAUACUCACAAUCCUCUACCUCUUCACACACACACACAGCGACUCUUCACUAUCGCCCUUAGGCUCUGCCGCAGCAGAAAAGCAGCAGCAGCAGCACGACGGCACCGAACACGCCUCAACGACCGCCUCACACCCCAAAGACGACAGCUCGAAAUCCUCGCAGCAGGCCUCCACCAACUCCAAGAAACCCUCCACCCAGCGCCCGCUCGUCGACCCCUCCACGCUCUCCCUCCCCGACAAGCUCGCCUACCACUUCCCUUACGACCUCCCCACCAAAUUCCCCGCCUACAUCUGGCAGACCUGGAAGCACACCCCCGCGUCCGGCGAGUUCGCCGAGUCGCUCCGCCCAGCUGAGGCCUCGUGGUCUGAGAAGCACCCGGGCUUUGUCCACGAGGUUGUCACCGAUGCAGUCGCGCUACAUCUGCUGCGCUACCUCUACGCCGCCCUCCCUGAGGUCCUGCAGGCUUACGAGGCGCUCCCGCUCCCUAUCCUCAAGGCGGAUUUCUUCCGCUACCUUAUCCUCCUCGCGCGCGGAGGCAUCUACACCGACAUCGACACCCACGCUCUGCGCUCGGCGCUCGACUGGAUCCCGCCGUCUGUCCCUCACGAGGCAGUCGGGCUCGUCGUAGGCAUCGAAGUCGACGCCGCCGACCGCGAGGACUGGGCGGAAUGGUAUAGCCGGCGCAUUCAGCUAUGCCAAUGGACCAUCCAAGCCAAGCCUGGCCACCCGGUCCUGCGCAGCAUCGUGGCGCGCAUCACGGCCGAGACGCUGCGGAGGCAGAAGGCGGGCGCGCUGCACGUCAGCGACGACAAGGUGGUUGAGUUUACGGGGCCGGCGGUGUGGACGGAUGUGGUGUUUGAUUUCUUCAAUGAUGACAAGUACUUUGAGGGCGUGGGGAAUAUCACCUGGAGAGACUUUACGGGGAUGAAGGGCCCGAAGAAGGUUGGGGAUGUGAUUGUGUUGCCGAUUACGAGUUUUAGCCCGGGCGUGCAGACGAUGGGGAGUGGGGAGUAUGAUGAUCCGAUGGCGUUUGUUAAGCAUGAGUUUGAGGGAUCAUGGAAACCAGAGAACCUACGCCACAUCGGCAUCGUCUACGACGGCACGGAGAACGAACAAAUCGAGGCACAACAGAAGGCGCAGCAAGAAGCACAAGCACAAAAACAAAAACAAACCCAGGCGUAAAUGGAUUUACUUUCUCGCUAUCACAUUCGUUUCGCUUUUGGCCUCGAAAACAUCCAAUCAAACAAAGAAUUUGUAAUAAUCCCGCCUUUUUUUAACGCCAUGACGCACGCUACUGUAUAUUAUACUUUCGCUUUUUUCACAAGAGACAUUCUUUUAGCUUGGAGAUGGUAGGGGGUGCAUCGAGCGGCGUUCUUUUUAGAGACAUUUUCAUUUUUGUUUUUGUCGGUGGUUGGUGAGAUGGGGUGGGUGUAUGAGUAGGGCGUUGGCGGAGAAGAAGAGGAUGGGUGGAGAAGGAAGCAAGAAAUGCGCGACGGAUGUCUUGAAGAGUCGCACACGCAUAACACUGGCGUUUCAUUUUUUACCCUUUCAGGGGCACGUGAAUAAAAGCCUGGGCGAAGAAAAAGAGGAGCUACAACUGCGGGAGGAGGGAGGGGGGGUGGUAGAUAUGGGCGAUUGGCGCAUGGGGGC